AUGGUUUGGCUGCCGGGAGAAGGCUAUGACUUUGCGGACGCGCGACAAUUUGACGGCUCAUUCUUGGCGUCGUUGGGAAACGUUAUCGUAAUUACCGUUCAAUACAGAGUCGGUGUCUUUGGUUUCUUGAAAACCAAUUCGUCUGCCGCCGGAAAUAUGGGUCUUUGGGAUCAGAUUAUGGCUCUCAAGUGGAUCAGAAAGAAUGCCAAAGCAAUUGGCGCCGACGCCGACAAUAUCACAGUAUUUGGUCGCUUCACGGGUUCGAUGUCUAUAUCGAUACUAUUGACUUCGCCGGUCGUCCGAGACAUGAGUCCACCGCUUUUCAGACGCGCUAUCCUUUUGAGCGGUAUAGCAGUCGGUGAAUGGGUUUUUGAACACAACCAUCAAAUGAAGGCCAAAGAGUUCCUCAAUCAGAUCGGAUGCGACGAGAAGGACACCAAUUGCCUGAAGACUAUUUCGGCUCAAAAUAUUCUGGAAAAGGCGUCUUAUGGCUGGAGACCGACGUUUGACUCGGACCUGAUUGAAGCGGAACCGCUCAAAGUCUUGGAGAGCGGAAACUUUGCUAACGGCGUGACUGAUGUAAUGCUUGGCACCAACAAAGUCGAGGGCAGUCUCUGUCUGUUGACACACUUCGCCAGCAAAAGUCGGUAUUACGACAAAAUCAUAAACAAUGAGUUGACUGAAAACGACUUCUUGGAAAUGAUCGAAAGCGAUAUGAAAAUGUUUUUCAAUCAAAAACACGACUCAAACGGUACGACCAGUUAUCAGAACCGAGCGUUCAUAUCAGCGCUGGUCAACAAAAACCAGAACUCGUCGUACAGACAGAAAUACUUGGAAUUCUGUUCCUCUCUAUUCAUUACCUCUCAUAUGAAAAACUUUAACAAACUUUUGCUCAAAAGACAACUCACAAAACAAAACGAUAUGAACACAACGCCGACCAAUACAUUCGCUUAUGAACUCCAAUACCGGCCGUCCUUCUCGAUCGCGCCCUCAUUUAUCGACUCUGCGAUUCACGGCGACGACGUCUUACUGGCCUUCGGUCUCAUUCAUGGCUCUCCUGUCAUACCCAACAAAGACGACGAAAAGAUGACACAACUGUUGGUCCAAUCGUUCACAAACUUCGCCACUUAUGGCAAUCCCAAUGGUUUGGGUCCAAAGGCAGACAACUUGUGGUUAAAUAGCGAUAUCUCUGUAAUCAAGACAAAAAUGGAGAGCAACAAAACGAAAGACAACGUGGUCUCAGUCACGCAAUUAUUCCUCUUCAGCUCAACGGCUGAAAUGUUGAUCACAUUUCUGAGCACUUCGACUACAAUUCUGGCACUUCUGGCCACUUCUCUCAUCUGUUUUAUAAUCUUCUUUCUCCACAAACAAAGGCAUACAACCAAUCACUACAACAAAGACAGCGCCUUAUUAUAA